GCCCUGUGUCUGGGAGGCGCGCAGAGCACCAGGGCUGGAGGGGAGGGAGGCCGGGCCGGCUCGGUGCGUAACUUCACCCAGCCUGCCAGGAGCAGGAGCAGGAGGACGGCGGGGUCUUACCGCUGCCCAGGGACGGGACCGACCUCUCCACGCCGGGCCGGCGGGCUGAAGCCCAGCCCGGAGAGAGAGGGCGGCAGAGCCGAGCCGGAGGCUGCAGCUUGCCACGGCUGGGCGCGCUGAGCGCUCCGACAGCCCCGGAACUCACCGCGGGGGUGCAACUGGGCUGGAGCGCGGAGCCCCCGGGCCAGAGGGACCUGGAAAAAUUGACAGCAUCAAUGAAUGGGUUGACUGUCACUCUCAGCUCCAGAUGACUUGCAAUUUAGUUCAGAAAGAUGUCAUCUGUUUCUGAAAAUGGAGAUGCCCCUGCUGGAAAACAAAAUGAGGAGAAAACAUAUAAAAAGACCGCAUCAUCUGCUAUUAAAGGAACUAUUCAGCUGGGAAUAGGAUACACAGUAGGUAACCUCACCUCUAAGCCAGACAGAGAUGUACUUAUGCAAGACUUCUAUGUAGUGGAAAGUGUAUUUCUACCCAGUGAAGGCAGCAAUUUGACCCCUGCUCAUCAUUACCCCGACUUCAGAUUUAAGACCUAUGCUCCUCUAGCUUUCCGUUACUUCAGAGAACUUUUUGGUAUCAAGCCUGAUGAUUACUUGUAUUCAAUCUGCAGUGAGCCUUUAAUAGAAUUAUCCAACCCUGGUGCCAGUGGGUCUUUAUUUUUUGUAACUAGUGAUGAUGAGUUCAUCAUCAAAACAGUUCAACACAAAGAGGCUGAGUUUCUUCAGAAGCUGUUACCAGGUUACUACAUGAAUUUGAACCAGAAUCCAAGGACACUCUUACCAAAAUUUUAUGGACUAUACUGUGUUCAGUCGGGGGGCAUUAACAUCAGAAUCGUUGUGAUGAACAAUGUUUUGCCUCGGGCAAUGAAAAUGCAUUUCACAUAUGACUUGAAAGGCUCUACCUAUAAACGGAGAGCAUCAAGAAAAGAGAGGGAGAAGUCCAACCCCACAUUUAAAGACUUGGAUUUCUUGCAAGAGAUGCAUGAAGGACUGUAUUUUGACUCAGAAACGUACAGCGCACUGAUGAAAACACUACAGAGGGAUUGCCGAGUGCUGGAAAGCUUUAAAAUCAUGGAUUAUAGUCUGCUGCUGGGGAUCCAUGUAUUGGACAGUAUCACAAAAGAGAAGGAUGGGGAGAGUUCCCAGAAUGCAUCUGAUGCCAAACGUCAUGGGGGACAGAAAGUUCUCUAUUCUACAGCUAUGGAAUCCAUACAGGGUCCUGGAAAGUCUGGGGAAUCUGUCAUCACAGAAGCUACAAAUACAAUGGGAGGCAUUCCAGCUAAAAGCCAUAAAGGAGAGAAGCUGCUUCUAUUUAUGGGUAUUAUUGAUAUCCUACAGUCUUACAGGUUAAUGAAGAAGCUAGAACAUUCCUGGAAAGCACUUGUUUAUGAUGGGGACACUGUUUCAGUCCACAGACCAAGUUUUUAUGCAGACAGGUUUUUAAAGUUCAUGAAUUCAAGGGUUUUCAAAAAAGUUCAAGCUCUAAAGUCCUCUCCUUCCAAGAGACGAUGCAGUUCCAUUGCAGCCCUAAAGGCAACAUCACAAGAAAUUGUGUCUGCUGUUAGCCAAGAAUGGAAGGAUGAAAAGCAUGACAUGCUUACUGAAGGACAGAGCUUUUCCAGCCUUGAUGAAGAAGUAUUAGGCUCACGGCACCGUCCGGAUUUAGUGCCAAGCACUCCAUCUCUAUUUGAAGCAGCUUCCUUAGCAACCACUAUUUCUUCUUCUUCUUUGUAUGUAGAUGAACAAUAUCAACGUGAUGGAACUCUGCUUUAUUCCAGCAGUAAAGGGUUACCUUCGAGUUCAACGUUCACCCUAGAAGACAGUGCCAUCUACUUGACUUCAGAACAGAGCACACUGGAAAUGGAAAAUGAUAAUGCUUCAGUUUUGGAUGUCUAUUUAGGCCGGUGAUGCUGAGAGUUUCUAUUUGCCAAACACUCUGCAUAGUCCAAGUAACAGUCUCCAUUAUCUUUAUCUUCGCACAGAACCCAUUCUGAGUAAUAUAAUAAUUUCUUCCAGCAAUACAACAGUGUCAUAUAAAUGUGGAAUUUACUUGAUUUUAUAAAUACUGUGCUUUGUAUAUUUUGAAAAUAAGGGUAAAUCCUUUAGCACAUGAGCUUUGUAAUAAAACCCCUGGCCUGUUUGUUUUUCUAACUAAUCAUUUAUUUUUAACGCUUGUAUUGUAUACUCAAAUAUUGGUUAAAAUUUGAAUAUACACUGUGUAGCAUUAUGCCUUAAAUGAUGUAUGGAGUCAGAUACUAUGUGCACAUAGAAUCAUAGAACUGGAACAGACCUUGAGAGGUCAUCUAAUCCAGUCCCCUGCACUCAAGGCUGGGCUAAGUAUU